AUGUAUCCUAAUGAGACUUUAAUUUAUCACGGCUACAUUGGAUGUGCACCGGUGUAUCCAACUGUUGCUAUAUCUCUCUGUACCCUUGCUGUUUACCAACAAACACAUCGUGUGUGCCCUUCAUUUGGUUUUCAAGCGCAGUGCAAAGCUCUCUGCUUUCUUCACGGUAUCCCUUAUAGGCCUUACCUCACCGCACAACUAUCUUCUGCCUUCGACGUCUAUUUGGAAAUUCUCCAUCAUGUGGACCAACACCUUCACAUGGCCCUGAAACGUGAUACUCCAAAUUGGUGCCUUCUAAACUCCUGUCCUGCAUGCUUUUACAAGCUCGAGGAUGAGCCUAAUCUGGAAUUUGAGUGGCUCGCUCGCUCUGACUUUUGGGUUGAUGCAGAGUCUGUGGACAAAUUCAGCGGCGAAUUGAGAGCACGGGCAGCGGAAGACAACGAUGUUGAGAAUACAGCAGCUGAGACCAACCCUGCCCCAUUCAGUUGUGCUGAUCGGUGGAAAAAUGCAGGUCCGGAAACUCGCAAGAAGAUGUUCUCGGUGUUCGAUGAAUCGGGAAUCUUCAUUGCAGCAUGUCGUCAUCGGUUCGUGCUUAUUGCUUGUGAUAUGAUCCAAAGCGGAGAAUUGGCAAAAUACCCACUUGCCAUCAUUGACAAACUGCUUACGGUCUACGGCAAGAACGGUGCAUGUGCAUAUGAUAUAGGCUGUGCCUUUACCAAGACAUUAGGUACCAGCGCUCUAGGGCCACAAGCGCGAGAGCUUGGGUUUCGUCUUAUGGUUGGGGCAUUCCAUGGGCAUGCUCACAAUCGCAUGUGUCAACUUGAUUGGCAUCCAAUGUACAUUACAGGAACUGGACACAGCGAAGGAGAGGGCUGUGAACAUGUAUUUUCUGCAUCUAAUGCUCUCGCACGUGGCACCCGACAUGCAAGCAAAUUCCACCAGCAUCAGACCAUUGAGCAACACUUCGCAUUUUGGAAUGACGACAAAUAUGCUAACCUUAGCAACUUUUUGUGGAGUCACUACCGCGAGGCCCUAAAAUCAAUUGAGACCCUUACUGUUGAGCUAUCCGCUAUCAAAUCGGAGCUGAACAUUACCGAUGAUGACUUCCUGUGCUACUUCGAGCAAGAACGUGCUUAUCUACAUAGCUUGAAAGAGCCGCCUGCAAGAGACCAGCUUUCACGUGAUGCUGCUAAUAAUUCCCUUACAGGGAUUGCAGCUAGCAGCUUGCAGAAGAUUAAUGAAGCGCUCACACAAGCUCGGAUCCAAGUCGAUUCAUCAUAUGCGAAGUUACAGCACGCAGAAGCGCUAGUGGCGCAUGUCGAAAUUCAGCUCACUGUGGAAGCACGAUGGGAGGUAGGUGGCCCAGAAUACAAUGAAUUCAAAAUGGAGGCACGUAUAGGCAAGUAUCGUGCUGCACUUGACGAGCUGGAGCGCCUCGUAGUCAUGCGUUUAUUUGAGCUUUCCAAACUUUCGUUGUCAGGGACAGGCUACAAACUACGUCAGCAGAUCAGCAAGGCUUUACAACGGCGUUCCGAGGCUAUCCGAAAUGCAAUAAAUCGGUAUAACAUGCAGGCUGUCGCCCUAACUCCCCCGCGCCCAAAGAUUUCGUGGAAAGACAUCGCGGACUAUAGUUUUCUUGGCGAAUUUGAUUUGUUGCGCCAUUCACGUGCCGACAUUCGCAGCAAUGAUUGGGCCAAACCGGCCCAUCGAGAAGCAACUAAUAAAUUGUUCAAGUUACGCCGCGCUCAUGAAGAAGUCAAGCGACUUAACGUUGAAGUUCGCCGCUUACGCACUGCAAUUCACACUGAGGAACUCCAAACCUCUGCCGUCAUCAAUGACUUGCUUCUGUCGGACCCAAGACUGGCUGCAGAGCUGCAGCGCCAAUGCCGUCCACGUGCUGCUAUCAAUGCCGUCCAUUGCUAUCGCUUAGAUCGUAUUGAGCACCUGGCUGGAUUCUCGGGCAUCAGGGGCAUUGGUGCACUGCAGAAUGUUGACGACAUUGAUGCAAUUAUCACAUCUGACUAUACUGACAUAGAAGCGAUUGAUCGUGAGGAGCACAGCACAGUGGUAGAGGAUAUGGCCGACUUUUUUCAUUCGAUCACUGACUAG